GUAAGAUAAACAUGGCGACUGCUUUGGAAGAUACGCUGGACCUUGUAGCAACAGAUGAAGGGCCUUCUCUAAAAUGGCCCCACUGGGACCCAUGUCACUGUAAAGACUGGGACAAAGAAAAGCCUACGCAGCAAUGUAUUCUCAGAAUUAAACGAGAUAUCAUGACCAUCUACAAUGAGCCGCCCCCAGGGAUGUGCAUUGUACCUGACAAGGAGGACAUCACAAAGAUCCAUGCCUUGAUAACUGGCCCAUUUGACACCCCGUAUGAAGGGGGAUUCUUCUACUUCCUCAUCCGCUGCCCGCCAGACUACCCCAUCCACCCCCCUCGUGUCAAGCUAAUGACAACAGGGGAUGGGCGUGUCCGAUUCAACCCUAACCUCUACAAGAACGGGAAAGUGUGCCUUAGUAUCAUUGGAACCUGGUCUGGCCCUGCCUGGAGCCCCGCCCAGAGCCUGUCCACAGUUCUCAUAUCAAUCCAGUCUCUGCUCAACGAGAAGCCCUACCACAACGAACCUGGCUUUGAAAGGGAAAGGAAUGCGGGUGACGCCAAGCGUUAUAAUGAGAUCAUCUGUCAUGAGACGCUGCGAGUGGCUGUGUGCGACAUGCUGGAUGAUCACUCUGUCUGUCCCUCAGCUCUCAAGGAGGUGAUGGAGAAGUCAUUCCCGACAUACUACGACUAUGAGUCCAUCUGCACCAAGUACAGCCACCAACAGGGACAGACCAUGCAGGAUCCCUUUGGAGAGAGACGUGGGAUAUUCGACUACCAAGGCAUAAAGAAGAGACUGGAUGUAAUAAAAGCCAAGCUUGAUGAAAAGUUGGACAAUUCCUCGGAUAAUGAUGACCUGUCUGAUUCAGAAACCGAGACUGCUGCUGCAUCCCAGAGCUGACAUCCUUCACAGCUGUGUUGAUGACACUUCCCAUGUGUGUGUGUGUGCCAUUGUAGCUCCAGGAGAUCACAUGACCUUACAGGACCAAUGAGUGUGUCUUGGCUCGACCAAUCAGCUUCCACCUACAGUCUGGCCCUCUAUCUGGCACAGUAAUAAUGGCCAUGAACAGACACUAACAGACACACUGGCUUGUGAUGUUUGUCCGAUUGGUCAAGACACACACAACCAAUGAGCUUUCAGUCACACUUGUACUGAUGUGAGUUUACGGCUGUGAAGAAACAGCUCAUAUGAAUUUGAACAAUGUCAAAAACCUGUUGCCAAGUGUUUCUUUUUAAGCAGCCAUUGGGCUUUCAUUUCUGUUGGGACAAAGAGGG